GACAAGAUGUAGAAUUUUUUAGUUCUGCAGAUGAUUCCCAAAGCAGUAAUAUAUCCGAUAAUGAAUACGUAAUGUCUGAUCUGUCAGAUACUACAGACAUUGAUGCUAAUGAAUAUAUUGAAUAUAAUCAUUUGUUUUAUGGAAAGUCAAAGGAUUCCGAAGACAUAUAUCAGGAAUUCCUAUCAGAGGAAUACGCUGAAUUUAUGAAUAUAGUAACAUGGUUUCGUGUGCAAGAUUUACUUGCAAUAUCUUUAUAA